GCAGGGCUCAGGGCGCAGUGCGCAGUGCGCAGGCGGCGGCGCGGGCGCGAUGGCGGCCCAGGACGGCGGCGAUGAGGUCCGAGUGCUGCAGAACCUGCGCGGGAAGAUCUGUGAAGCCAAACAUUUAGUACCCAACAAAAUGAGAGAUGUUUUCUGUACUAUAAACUUGGACCAAGAGGAAGUUUUUCGUACACAAGUAGUUGAAAAAUCUUUGAGCCCUUAUUUUGGGGAAGAGUUUUACUUUGAGAUUCCACGAACAUUCCAAUGGUUGUCCUUCUAUAUUUAUGAUAAGAGUGUUUUACAAAAAGACCUGCGUAUAGGAAAGGUUUCAAUCAAGAAAGAAGAUUUAUGCAACUACACAGGCAAAGAGAACUGGUUUUUGCUUCAACCUAUUGAUUCUAAUUCAGAGGUUCAGGGGAAAGUUCACCUUGAAUUAAAACUGAAUGAACUGAUAACAGAUAACGGAUCUGUGUGCCAGCAGCUAGUAGUACACAUAAAGGAGUGCCAUGGGUUGCCUCUUAUAAACGGACAGAACUGUGACCCUUAUGCAACAGUCUCUCUUGUGGGUCCUUCCAGGAAUGACCAAAAGAAGACCAAAGUAAAGAAGAAAACAAGCAAUCCGCAGUUUAACGAAACAUUUUAUUUUGAGGUAACUAGGUCCAGCAGUUAUACCAAAAAGUCCCAGUUUCAGGUGGAAGAAGAAGAUAUUGAGAAAUUGGAAGUCAGGGUUGACCUAUGGAACAAUGGAAAUUUGGUACAAGAUGUCUUUCUAGGAGAAAUUAAAGUUCCUGUGAAGGUGUUAAGAAAUGAUUCCUUUCAAGCAUGGUACUUACUUCAACCAAGAGAAAAUGGAAAUAAAUCUUCCAAAACUGAUGAUCUGGGAUCACUUAGAUUAAAUAUUUGCUAUACUGAAGACUAUGUACUUCCAUCUGAAUACUAUGCUUCUUUAAGAAACUUGCUGCUAAAAUCGUCAGAUGUUCAGCCAAUUUCUGCAUCUGCUGCCUACAUUUUGAGUGAAGUGUGUCGAGACAAAUAUGAUGCUGUUCUGCCUCUUGUAAGAUUGUUGCUACACCACCAUAAGCUAGUUCCAUUUGUCACUGCAGUAGCAGAGCUAGAUCUGAAGGAUACUCAGGAAGCAAACACAGUUUUCAGAGGGAACACAUUAGCAACUCGAUGUGUUGAUGAAAUGAUGAAAAUAGUGGGGAGGCACUACCUAAAAGUUACAUUGAAACCAGUUCUUGAUGAGAUAUGUGAGUCUCUAAAACCUUGUGAAAUAGAUCCCAUCAAACUAAAAGAAGGUGAUAACGUAGAAAUUCAUAUGGAAAAUCUACGCUAUUAUGUAGACAAAGUAUUCCGUGAAAUUGUGCAGUCAAGUAUAAGUUGUCCUACCCUAAUGUGUGAUGUUUUUUAUUCUUUGAGGCAUCUGGCUGCCAAAAGAUUUCCAAAUGACCCUCAUGUACAGUAUUCUGCAGUGAGCAGCUUUGUGUUUCUUCGUUUCUUUGCUGUAGCCGUAGUCUCACCUCAUACUUUUCAUUUACGACCUCACCAUCCAGAUGCACAGACUUCUAGAACAUUAACUCUUAUAUCAAAAGCCAUCCAGACUUUGGGGAGUUGGGGAAGUUUGACCAAAAGCAAACUUUCAAGUUUCAAGGAGACGUUUAUGUGCGAGUUUUUCAAAACAUUUCAAGAAGAAAAGUUUACUGAAUCUGUUAAAAAGUUCCUGGAUGAUGUUUCCUCAACGGAAAGUAAAGAGCCCAGUGGUCUGAGUGAGCCAGUACAUCUAAAAGAAGGAGAAAUGUACAAAAGAGCUCAGGGAAGGACUCGGAUUGGUAAAAAGAAUUUCAAGAAACGGUGGUUCUGUCUAACAAGUAGAGAAUUCACCUACCACAAACAGCAAGAUAAAGAACCAAUUUUCACUAUUCCAAUCAAAAAUAUCCUUGCAGUGGAGAAGCUUGAUGAGAGCUCCUUCAACAAGAAAAAUAUGUUUCAAGUACUACAUGGAGAGAAGCCACUCUACAUCCAAGCAAAUAACUGUGUAGAAGCUAGUGAGUGGAUAGAAGCUCUCUGCCGGGUAACAAGAUGCAAUCAGAAGAGACUUACUUUUUACCAUCCUUCUGCUUUUCUGAAUGGGAACUGGCUUUGCUGCAAGGCUACCGUAGAGAACACAGUGGGCUGUGCUCGUUGCACUGCAGAUGUUCCUGCUGAUACUCAAAUUGAGAUUGAUGGAGAUAGAGAGACAGAGAGGAUUUACUCACUUUUUACCAUCAACAUAUCUAAGCUUCAGAAGCUGGAAGAGGCUUGUGGAAGUAUAGCAGUCUAUCAAGGUCCACAGAAAGAACCAGAUGACUAUUCUAACUUCACAAUUGAAGACUCUGUAGCAACCUUUCAUACGCUUAAACAAAUAAUAGAUAUAGUAGAAAAGCUGAAUGACUCCCAUGAAAAAUAUCGAAAGAAGAGAUCAUCUAGUGCUAAAUAUGGCAGUGAAGAAAAUCCAAUUGUUGGAAAAGUUUCCUAACCAAAACAAACUGUUUCUUAUGUGGAAGAAGAAGAAACUGGAAAUGUUCCUGGGUUGUCUUUGGUGGUGUUUUUGUUUGUUUGUUUUUUAUUCAUUACCUACACUUUUGCAAAGUAUUUAAGAAUGAACAUAAAUGCUAGUUGUAUUGACAAUCUAUUUAAUAUUUAAUAGGAAACUGUCUGGUCAGAAAUCUGGUCUUAAAGUUUAUUCCCAUUUUGCUGAAGAACUUGAAAUUCCAGGUUCUUGAAGUAACAGAUGUGAAUAAAUCUAAAUGUUUUUCUGCCAUUACUGUCUUAUUGGAAAGAACUUUAUAAACAAAUAAGCUUUUUAAUGAAAGAAACUCAAUACAGUAGUUGUUGAUUGGAUUACAUCUCUGAGUUAUAUAUACUGCAAACUUGCAUCAGUUUACCAUGAGUGCCUGCCCUGCUGAUGUGGAUCUUGAAAUUGAAAUCCUGAGAUACUUCAACAUGGAAAAAAAUCUAAAGCUUCAUAUUCAAUUAAUUUGACUUUUUUUUUCAUGUUAGGUUUUGUCAGCACUUGACUUGACUUAAUCCUGGAGUUUUACAAAAUCAUGCAGUAUAUUGCGUAUAAUCUGGACAGCAGAUACCAGUGUUAGGUUUUUUUUUUUUUUUUUUUUUUUUUUUUUUUUGUUGUUGGGGUUUUUUUUUUUAGUACUAAAGAAGAAGAAAUCAGGGAACAUUUAUUGUGCCUUGUGUUUACAUUUGGGGUGAGUAAUAUAUGGAGUGACAUUAGACCACUAUCUAUUUUCUUUAGGAUUUUUUUAAGGUACAGAUUUUUUUUUUCUUUAUUUUAAUACGAAAUGCAGGGUAGCAACCUUUCCUCUAUAUCCCCCCCCCCCCCCCCCCAAAAAAAAAAAAAGUUUGCCUGCAGACACAAAUGUGAACAGAUUGUGGUUAAGAAAGUACUGAUGAACUUACAUGAUCCCACAUAUGAUUUUCUUUUUUAAUAAAAAAUAAUAAUGAUGCCCAUUAUCUUUUGACUACAAAUCUAAUAAAUAAUGCAUCUCUAGUAUAAUCACUCAAAGCACUUUAGAUAUCUGGACUAUCCCAGAUUAUUUUUAGAUACUUUGUAGUAUCUGCUUGUUAUGAUCAGUUGAAUGAUCAAUGUUUUGUCAAUGCUUAAGUGAUAUUUUUGUGUCUUUGUUUGUAUGGAUUCUUAUUUGCCAGUUAACACAAUUUUAAACUGGCAUUCUUGAGUUUAGGAAGACUAAUUUUCUUGCUCACUUCAUCUGAGAAUUUAUGUUGUAUUGAAAGGAUAUAUAUGUAUAGAACCAGGAAGAAGCAAAGGUAUUACUGUGGCAACUUUGCUUCAACAGUAUUAAAUGCAACUGUCUAUAUGUGGUACUUUUUA